CAAAGUGAGCCACAGGAUACAGGCUUCUGCUCAUGCGAGACAUUCAUCAUUAGAGUCAAUGAGGGGAACGCUGGUGCUCAUAUUCCAGGCUCUGCUAUGGCCUGCCAUCUCAGUUUCAGGCCUGUUUACUGUGAACGUACAGAAGAGCUCUUACGAGGCAGAGCUGCACGGGGACGUCGAGCUGGUGUGUGUGUUCUCCGAUGUUAAACAACCCUCAAACCUCACCGUCAUAUGGACCCGCAUCAACCCGAAGCCAGAUGUGGACGUGUAUCGGCUCGAGAAAGGCAGAGAAAACCAAAUUUACACCAAUGAUGCGUUCAAAAAGCGGGCGCAGCUCAUCCAAGAACAGCUGAAAGAAAACCGAGCGGUUUUACACUUGAAAAAGCUCCAGAUAAAAGAUUCGGGAACAUACCGGUGUAUCGUAAAAGAGGGAGAUGAGGGAGACUACAAGCAAGUCACGCUCAAUGUAACAGCUCCUUAUACUCCCAUAAAGAAAAGCGUGAGGAAAACGGGUCAGGAUGAAGUGGAGCUCUCCUGUGAGUCUCAGGGGUUCCCGUCACCUCAGGUUUUCUGGAGCGACGGUCAGAACACAAACCUCACGGAGACGUCCAAAAGCUCAACGCUCCAUACAGAUGAGGAUGUGGUCAAAGUGUUCAGCACGCUGACGGUGAGACGAGAUCUCGUGAACAACUACACCUGCUCUUUCCUCAGGAGCGGCGAGGUCCAGCAGACGGCCUCCUUCAGCAUCCCAGAUGAAGUCCAUCAUGAAUGUUCAGCUCAGUACGCCUGGAUCGGAGCCGUGGUCAUCGUGCUGUUAGCCAUAACCUUCAUCUACGUCAUUCUGCGCAGGAGGAGCAACGGUCAGAAAAACAGACGAAAUGAAUCAUCUAAAUGUGCUUUACUGUUCCCGCACUCGUCCUCUGCCAACACGGACUCUUUACUGACAGUGAAUGAGAACAGACCACAAACAUGUCCCAUAACCUCAGAAGAACCUGCAGAAAACCCUCUGUCUUUGAGGCACGUACAAACACAACAGUAUUCACAGAUUGACACAGACGCGGACGUGGAAAAGAGACUUGAGUCAUUUGCACUUUACAGCGAAGAAGACCAAUUGCUAAACAUCAGCUCCAUCAUUCCCGACACGAGGCAGGUUAUCCUUCUGUUGGGAGAACCAGGCAGCGGGAAAACCACCGUAGCCCAAAUCCUGUCGUCCUGCUGGGCUGGGAACGCCUUCAACGCCCCCCCGCUCCAUCUGGUACUGCUGGUGGACUGUAGCGGAGCACAAGGAGACCUUUUCCAGCUGCUAAAGUCCAAAGUUCAUCACCAAAAACCACUGUUGUCCGACCUCAGAGAGACGCUUCUCGGGCCGGAGGAUUGCUUGCUCAUCCUGGACGGAUAUCAAGAGGGAAAUAAGGACUUGGAUGAAACUUUCGAGGUGUUUCUGAAUGAGCGACAGAUGUGCAGGGUGUUAGUGACGUCCCGUCCAGGACAGUGUCCAUCCCUGGAGAGAACCGUCAGGACAGUGUUGCAACUCAAACAGAGACCGGAAGAGUCUGGUUCAUGAGGAAAUGGGAUACAUUUCAUAUUCGCAUUGGCAGUGAUCGUGCAAUUUCAUGUUUCAGCAUUUACCGGGGUCAAUGGAUCCGCCCGUCGCUUCUCUGGAAUCUUCCCCCUCAGACUUUGGCUGGAGAUCAAACCAAUUCGUUGUGUUAUUGGAAGACCAAGUUCAAGAGAAGAGAAAUGAGAUCAUGAUAAUAAAAUGUUAGACUGUAAAAAGUGGUAACCUACUAAUCUUAACACGUGAAAUUAAUCUUUUCAGUUGAUUCGGGGAUUUUAAAUACAGUUUUUUAAUUGAAUAAAACCACUUAAUUUGUAAUUCAUGUGGUUAAGCACAUCUGAUUUAUGCUUUCAACAAAAUAUAGUUACCAAAUAACCAUAACUACCGUUUUAUCUGACAGAUCAAAAGCUGAUUGUGCAAUAACAACUUCUCUGUAAGUCCAUCAAACUUUCUGUGACAACAGUUGCACGUGUAUUUUGUUUAUACUAUAUGUAUAGAGAGAAUGAGAGUUAUUUUUUAUACUUACAUAUUUUUUAUAGUUUCAUUUAUUGAUGUAAAAUGCCAUGAUUUUGAUAAAAGAAAUGAGUGAAAACUGUA